UCUUCGAAUCUUUCAACGACUUCCCUUCUAUUCCCUUCUUCUCUUAUCUCUCUCUCUCUCUCUCUCUCUCUCUCUCUCUCUCCUAAUGACUUCACUUAACACAUAAUGGGCUUUUUCCGGCGACUCUUCGGCGGCAAGAAACACCCUCCUCCGCCGGCACUUUCCGACGGGUCGGGUUCCAAAUCCGGACCAAAAGACAGAAGGAGAAGCUGGAGCUUCGCGAAAAACAGCACCAGAGGCACAUCCUCCAAUAAGUCACUCUCACCACUCAACCACCAAUUUGACCCUUCCACCUUCUCCUCUCCCUUCACAGACUCCUUGGAUGCAAAUAAGCAUGCCAUCGCCGUCGCCGCCGCCACUGCUGCCGUUGCUGAGGCCGCACUCGCCGCCGCCCAUGCUGCCGCUGAAGUUGUUCGGUUAACCAGUGGCAGCGGACCUGUCCCGGCUGCUCAAGACCGGCGGCGGCAGGCGGAGGAAACAGCUGCUGCCGCUGUCAAGAUACAGUCAGCGUUCCGAGGUUACUUGGCAAGGAGAGCAUUGAGAGCACUUAAAGCAUUGGUGAAGUUGCAAGCUUUGGUGAGGGGCCACAUUGUAAGAAAGCAAACUGCAGAUAUGCUCAGGCGCAUGCAAACAUUGGUGCGGCUGCAAUCGCGGGCACGUGCUAAUCGGGUGCACAUGUCAGAUAAUAUGCACUCUUUCAAGUCUUCACUUUCUCAUUACCCUGUCCCUGGUGAUCAUGAGCUCUCACUUCGCGCCUUUAGUACCAAAUUUGAUGGAUCUUCUAUCCUCCAGAGAUGUAGUUCCAAUGCAAAUUUCAGGGACAUUAACUUAGAGAAAACCCGGUUCGGUUCCGGUUGGUUAGACAGUUGGAUGGAAGAAAAUGCAUGGAGCCAAACAGGAGACGCUUCAUUGAAAAAGGGUCACCCUGAUGAUGAGAAGAGUGACAAGAUUCUUGAAGUAGAUACUUGGAAGCCACACUUAAACUCACAUCAUUAUUUGCCUCCUGAUUACAGUAAUGAGAAUUUUACAGCACACGAGUCUCCAUCGAAACGAUCUUCUUCUAAAGCUCCGAAUCCAAGUCAUUCUUAUAGGGAGAUCUCAUCCUUUAAUUCUCUGAAACUUCAAAAAGGAAAAGAAGCAGCUUCAUCACGAACCGCGGAGAACAGCCCACAAGCAUUUUCUGCCUCCUCUAGGCUUGGAAGUAGUGCGAGGCGAGGUCCUUUUACGCCUACUAAAAGUGAGUGCUCAUUUAGUUUCUUCAGCGGCUACCCAGGUCAUCCGAAUUACAUGGCGAAUACUGAAUCUUCUAAAGCUAAGGUCAGGUCACAGAGUGCUCCGAGGCAAAGGCUAGAGUUUGAGAGAUAUGGCGGCGCCACAACUAGAAGGUCAUUGGUUCAGGGUCUUUGGGAAGCAGGGCCUAAUUCAGAUAGGGAUUCGGAUUUCAGAAUAAAGGGCUAUUCAGUUUCAACAACAAGCAGCUUCAACAGAAUUGGGAGUACUAAUUUAAGGUGACACCACGUCAAGUUUUCUGAAUGAAGAUGAAGACAAUUUUCUCUUGCUUGAGUUUUCUUAGUAUGACAGCAGUUUUAGAAUGUAAGUAUUUGACCAAAGGCCACAUUAUUGUUGCUAGCUCCUGACUGGCCUUUAACUGAAUUUUACUGUGUUGAGAUGUUGCAAUGUGUUUUGAAUGUUUUCGUUAAUCCAAUGUUGGUUUUGAAUGUGUGAUUCA